CGUGAAUCUGUGUUUGUAGCGCUGUCGCUGAACGUCCGUAGUGGCGUUCCCACCAGCUUUGACCAUAUAUUCGCAAAAUGGAUACAGAUUAUGUAGUACAAACUUCGCCAUAGAAAGCAAGUUCCUGCACUUCCUCAUCGAGCCCCGCUGAGGCGAGGAUGUUUCCCAGCUUAGCCCAAAGACCAUGGCAUGUCUUCUGCAGGGUCUCCCUGCAACACAGGUCUCUGUCGCAACGAUCCCCGAGGUUCCCCCAGCUGUGCUACGGUUGGCAGAGUGGAGGUAUACACAACUUAUGGUUCAGCCUCCCAGACUGCCGUGUCGCCUCUUUUGGCCUGGGCAAUGUCCAGUACUACUCUACCUCUGGCAGCAGUAAAGAUGGUUCUACAACUACAGCAUCAGGCGAUGCUCCUUCAGCAGAAAAAAUUGCACCUGGGGCUGCAAAGGUGACACCAGAUUCACCAGGUACAGCACCAAAAGGGUUGACUAAAGCUGAGACAAUUCAUGUGAAAGUUCGGGCUGUCCUGAAGAAAAGGGAGUAUGGAUCCAAAUACACUCAGAACAACUUCAUCACUGCUGUCAGAGCUAUGAAUGAGUUCUGCCUCAAACCAAGUGAUUUGGAACAGCUCCGGAAGAUCAGAAGGCGCAGCCCUCAUGACGACACAGAGGCUUUCACAGUGUUCUUGCGAUCAGAUGUGGAGGCCAAAGCAUUAGAUGUGUGGGGAAGCCAUGAGGCUUUAGCCCGUGAGAGAAAUCUAAGGAAAGAGGUAGAGAGAGAAUACCAAGAAAACAUUUUCCGAAAUCAGCAGCUGUUGAAGGAAUACAAGGACUUCUGGGGAAACACUAAGCCACGAUCAGGCAAGAGGGCGACAUUUCUACAGGGGCCAGGGAAGGUGGUGAUGGUAGCCAUUUGCAUAAACGGAUUAAAUUUCUUCUUCAAGCUCCUGGCUUGGGUCUACACUGGAUCAGCUAGCAUGUUCUCGGAAGCCAUCCACUCCCUGGCUGACACCUGCAACCAAGCUCUCCUUGCUCUGGGAAUCAGCCAGUCUGUCCGCAACCCAGACGCCGUGCACCCGUAUGGCUUUUCCAACAUGCGCUACAUUGCGUCCCUUAUCAGUGGAGUGGGUAUUUUUAUGAUGGGAGCAGGGCUUUCUUGGUACCAUGGCAUCAUGGGAUUACUGCACCCAGAGCCCAUUGAGUCUUUGUUAUGGGCUUACUGUAUUUUGGCAGGCUCUCUGGUGUCUGAAGGAGCCACACUACUUGUUGCCAUUAAUGAGAUAAAGAAGAGUGCCCAACAACAGGGGGUGUCGUUUUAUGAGUACGUAAUGCAGAGUAGAGACCCCAGUACAAAUGUUGUGCUGUUGGAGGAUGCUGCCGCUGUGUUUGGGGUCAUCAUGGCUGCUGGAUGUAUGGGGCUCACCUCACUCACAGGUAACCCAUAUUACGACAGCCUGGGUUCUCUGGGCGUGGGCACUUUGCUGGGCGCUGUCUCAGCCUUCCUCAUCUACACUAACACAGAGGCCCUGCUGGGACGCUCCAUACAGGCGGAGCGGGUACAGAAGCUUACCGAGUUUCUGGAAAACGAUCCUGCUGUGAGGGCCAUCCACGACGUCAAGGCCACUGAUAUGGGUCUGAGCAAAGUGCGCUUCAAGGCUGAAGUUGACUUUGAUGGCCGAGUGGUGACACGGUCUUAUCUGGAGAAACAAGACAUUGACCAAAUCCUUAAUGACAUUCAGCAGGUUAAAACGCCUGAGGAGCUGGAGAACUUCAUGUUGAAACAUGGUGAGAACAUCAUUGACACACUGGGAGCUGAGGUGGACCGCUUGGAGAAAGAACUCAAGCAACGUAACCCAGAGGUUCGUCAUGUAGACUUGGAGAUACUAUAGCACCUAAACGUCCUACAGCUCCAAGAACAUCAGAAGAAGAAAAGGUGAAGGAUGGCUGAGCCCGCCUCCACCAUCUGACUCCCACUCUGACCACCACAUCAAACACCAACAAGUCAUCAAGUCUUACUGUAGAUUAGUUCAGCAGCAUAAACACGACCAUGUCUGAGCAGUGAAUGGUAGUGAAACUGUGAGUUCAUCCUGCCAGAGGUCCACAUUCACUCCAAACAUGCAAGUGUUUUUUCUUUUUUGUUGUUUUUGUUUUUCUUUUUGUUCUUGUUUUUUGGGGCAACAGGAAUUCUGCCACGACCAUUACAGUGUGGUCUCCUGGUCGUUCGCUUGAGCUCACAUUCCUCCAUAAAUGUGUCUGGACUUGGAUGAGGUCAAAUCCGUCGGAAAAGCAAAACCCAGAGCAGGACCAGGAUCAUUUAUGAGACUUGUACUUCAGUGUUAUGCUUGAACCACAGUCAUAGUGUUUCCUUCAUUAGUGCAAAGGAAACCUGUGAGCUUAUUUAAUAGGUAGACAAUAUUAGAUUUUUUUUUUCUUUAACUGUUAAAGCUAACAAGAUGAUGGAGUGCAGCAGGUUCUCUAAUGAAGAUGGUGAUGAGUAGAUUGUAUUGCUACUAAAGAAGAAUCGACAGAUUGGUUUGUGAUUUUAUUUGCCGAUGGUGAGAAAAGCACUUGAAAAUAAUCACUUUAUUCAUAAGGUAUAAAAAGUGACAUUAAUUUAUCAUGUUACUGUGAUAUUUUAGGAAAACAAGACAUAAUUAGAUACAUUUAUGGUCAUCUUUACAUCCUCCUGAGCAAAGAAAGAAAA